AUGGACAAAUUCAAGGGCAUCGCCAAAGGAGGCUGGCAUCCCGAAAAGAAUCGCACUAACAGCGGGAGCAGUGGAGGUGGACAGAGCGACUCGAAGCUCGGGCAAGUUAAAGGAUGGGUUGGAAAAGCCCAGGGCAAAGACCUCCAUGCAGAGGCGGCCCGCGAACACCAGUCAACGCCACUAUCGUCCUUGAAAGACCCCUCACAAUUUGCUCCGCCGCCCAAGCGACUAGACUACAACGGCGGUUCGGCAGCAUCCGCUUCGACAGGACCGCCCUCUGCACCUGCUGCGUCGGCAAAGCAAAGGCUGCAGGAGAAGGAAGAAGCAAGGAGGAGAGCAGAAGAGGAAGCGAACAGGCCGCCUCCGGGGCCCUACAGACCUGACACGACGGGGUUGAGCACGGCACAUCUACCCAAGCCUCCAGCUUUCCGACCAGGCGCCGCUUCGCCAACGACUACCGGCGCUCCUACAAAACCCAAGCCCAGCUUACCUCCUCGUCCUCCGCUACCGCCCCGUCAAAACUCGAACCCUAAUGAAUUCGCGCCCGCUCCUCCACCGACCUACAAUGAGGCAACACGAGAAGCGGCACCUGAGCAGGGAGUUCUGAACCAAGGCGCUCUGGGUCGUUUGGGGCAGGCAGGUGUGUCUGUCUCAGGCUUCGGCAUUGGUCGAACGGCUUCUCCUCCAGUACCCCCUCGCGCGAAUCCAUCUCCACCUGUUCCUCCUAGACGAGCCCCAAGCUCGGACACUGCCACACAGCCUCCAGCUGCAGCCGGGCAUGGCUCACAGAUGAACGAGCUACAGAGUAGAUUCGCAAGAAUGUCCGGGCCAAAGUCACCAGCACCCCCGCCAACCACGGGCACAUCGUGGGCAGACAAGCAGGCAGCGCUGAAGACUGCCAGCAACCUGCGCGACGACCCUUCAAAAGUGUCGACUUCGGACUUGAAAGGAGCGGCAUCGACUGCCAGCAAUUUCCAGCAGCGGCACGGGGAUCAAGUCGCGUCUGGGUGGAAGUCGGCCAACUCACUCAACCAAAAGUAUGGGAUUGCUGGCAGAGUGAACGGCCUGGCGUCGUCAAGCGCGUCGCCAGCCCCAUCGCCAGGCCCAUCGCAGACGGGAGGCCUUGGGAAGAAAGCACCACCUCCACCACCACCAAAGAGGAAGGAACUAAGUGAAGGCCCCUCUCUCCACCCCGGCGACUGGCCGUCGAGGGCUGUUCUGCAGUUCCCUCCCGAUGCCGCGCCCUUGCCCAUUCCUCCCCCAUGGACUGGCGAGUCGACGUUUGCGAACCCUUUCCCGAUCCCCGAAGACAUCUACCAGGGCGCCUUGUCGUACAAGGUGCCCCUGACCAUUGCCUCCGUCUACUUUGUCACCGUCACCUAUGUCAACUGGUACAACCGCCAACACGGCAACAAGCCGUGGAGGAUCGCCAAAACCCGCCCCUUCUACGCCUUUGUCAUCUUCCACAAUGUCUUCCUGGCCGUCUACUCGGCCAUUACCUGCGUCGCCAUGAUCCGCUGCCUCAAGCACUCUUUCCCCCACUACAGCGAGCCCAACGCCGUUGUCGGUACCAUUGACGCACUUUGCAAGAUCCACGGUCCCCGCGGACUCGGCGACGCUGUCACGUACAACAACACCAACGAUGUUUGGAGCAGCCUCAACUCCAAUGUUCUCGUAGGCCCUAGUGGCCUGCCAGACCAGACGGACGUUGGCAGAAUCUGGAACGAGGGUCUUGCUUUCUGGGGCUGGUGGUUCUACCUCUCCAAGUUCUACGAGGUCCUUGACACGGCCAUCAUUCUGGCCAAGGGCAAGCGCAGCACCACUCUCCAGAAGUACCACCACGCCGGUGCUAUGUUGUCCAUGUGGGCUGGUAUGCGCUUCAUGUCACCUCCCAUUUGGAUGUUCGCCCUGGUCAACUCUGGCAUCCACGCCAUGAUGUACACCUACUACACCGUCUCAGCCCUCGGCUACCGCGUCCCCAACGUCGUCAAGCGAACCCUUACCACGCUUCAAAUCACCCAAUUCCUUGUUGGAUCCGCUUUCGCCGCCAUCCACCUCUUCGUCUCCUACACCGUCCCCGUUUCGGUCGCAUACAAGGUUGCCGAGAAGGUUGCUCCCAAGGUCGUCUCGUCCUCCGUCUCAUCCGCAGUUGCCUCUGCUACUGAAUCGGUUGCUGAAGCCCUCCCCACCGCGACCGGUGUUGCUGUAGCCUUCCUCAGGAAGCUCAUUUACCGCGCAGCUGGUGACGAAGGUCUCGCUGAGAACAUCCCCGUUCCUGGUCAGCCUAUUCCGGUUCGCCAGCAGCAGCAAGUCAUUGCUGGAGAGCCUGUUCCUACCCACAACGCGGUCCAUGACUUCUUCCACCCUCACGAGACAGUCGAGAAGACCUUCUACCGCACCGAGUACCAGACCGUUCCCUGCGUCGACACCUCCGGCCAAGCUUUCGCCAUCUACGUCAAUCUGAUCUACCUCGCGCCGCUCACCAUCCUCUUCAUGCGUUUCUUCUUCAAAUCCUACCUGCGCCGCUCCUCGCCUAACGCCAAGAAGGACUUCAAGCCUCGCACAAUCUCCGACGCAGCUGGUGACGCCAGCCGCAGCGUGGAGCGCGAGCUCGACUCCCUUGACAAGUCUGCUGAAGACGCCAUCUCCUCAGGUGUGAACAGGGCUAGGGACGCUGUUCGCGGAAGGAAGCCCACCAACGGCCACAUCAAGGACGAGCGAAAGGGUAGCAUGAGCCCGGCCAAUCAAAAGUUCCUCGAGAACAUCAACCGCCGCGUCAGCCAAAAGCUGCAGGAACUCGACGAGGGUGCCGAUGCUACAAGCAAGAAGGCUAGGCAGAUUGCCAAGGAGCUGGUCGGUAAGGCUGAGGCCGCAGGCGAGAAGGUCGAGCAGGCUUACGAAGAUAACGAGGAGGACGUUAAGGAGGCAGAGAAGGCCAAGGAGAACGCCGACCGGAAUCGCAGCCCCAGCAAGCUGCCUCGCAAACAGAACAAGAAGAACGGCAAGAACGGUCAGGCCGACGAACAGGUGGCUAAGCCUGAGCAGGAGCCUGAGCCAAAGGACCUUAAGAACACCCUUGACAAGAAGGAUGGCAAGGGUCUUUUCUAG